AUGCUUUCAUCACGCAAGGCUCUUGAGCCUCGAAGCGUGCAAGUUUCGACAACAAGAAUCAUCCUAUUGAGCCAAGUAAGGACCGGAUCAUCCUCCUCCUUCUUCUCCUCCUUUCAUCGCCAAUUCUCAUGGGGCUCGGAGCACAAAAACAUCACGAGCCGUUCAGGCAAGGUAUGCAAAGGAUUCAGCACUCAAGAUUUUGCCGGGAAAGACGUGACUCAUAAGCAACUCUACCGGAGCACUUUCUGGGGUAAUCGCCAUCUUCGCCGAUACCUUCCGAGGUAUGCCUCCAUACAAGAAUGGCGAUUCUCGAGCUCUUGGGGAAAGAAGCCCGAGACACUCUCUAGCUCAAAGAACAAGGCCGAGGCAAGUGAAGAAGAAGGAGAUUGGUAUACCAGGUGGGAAAAGCAAAAAUCGAGACAAUACGAAGACUUUAUAAGGAAAGUAGAGCACGAUCCAUAUACAGCCUUAUUUGGCAAGAGUUGGCUGAACUUCAGUGGCGAAACUUCUGAGCCCAAAGUAGCCCGGAACCCGUCUCCUAGUACUCUCAAGGAAGGCUCCGUAUCAAAGAAUGAAAAGACCCCAGAGGAAUGGCCUUCGAAAUCAAGGUCCAGUAGCACGAAGAUCUCUGAGAAUAAGGACAUUUGUGGAAGACAGUCAACGAGCGAGACGAUGCCUAGUCAGGAACAUCAUCAGGAAUACGACAUUGACCCAAUCACAAAUCGGAAAGUUUUGAAGACGUCUGCCUCUCAAGUGUCAUCGGUUGGGCAUAUAAAGCCUCAAGUCAAGGAUGUAGAAAAAGCCUCCGAAAUGUUUUUCAAACGCUGGAAUUUUGUCUCCCCAACCCUUUUGGACCGUCCCUUUAUCAUGGUAGAACACGCGCAAUCUUUAUCAAAUUCGUACCCGCCAAGCAAAGACACUCCUCCUCUUAAGCCACAUAAUGGGAAUGGAUGGCUUGCGCAGGAAGGCUUCGGCAAUUUUCAAGAGCCUAAAGUUGAUGCUCAACCAAUAUUAAAAAGUCAUGGUGUCAAAUCGAACAUCACGGCUACGAAGAUCGAGAGUGCUCUAGACCGGCAUUUGAGGAGCAAAGGCACCAAUGAAAAGGAAAACAACGACCGCCCACAAUUGCAAUACAAGCCCAAGGAGAACAAGACCGAUGAUGUUGACCUGCUUCGACCAAGUGAUGUGAGAGCUUCGGCAGGACUCCGCGGUAACUCACUCAAAGAGACUGACGUCGAUAAGCAAGCACGACGGCAGAAAUUGGAGAAGAACUAUGAGAGCCGUUCUCUAGACAACGGGAGUCUGUUAGCCGGAGAAGCUGAAAGCAACAAGCUUGUGCAAAAGAGAGAGGCUCGUCCUGCAGAGAAGAGCACAGCAACAGAGCUCCGUUUUGCCUCCUGGUUGAAAGGAACACUGCAGGAUGCAGAGCUCAGCGACCAAGAAGUUUCGAAAGGCACGUCUGCCGUAGGGGUAAACGAACUCUCAGAUGUGAGGGCCUCUGAUCCUGUUUAUGUCGACCAGGCACCAAAUUCGAAGCCAGUGUCCAGGGAUGAGCCUGUCUCUGAAUCAUCGAAUGCGGUAGCUUCUGAGGCGCAAGCUGAGGCCAGAGACAAAGCCAGCAAGCUGAAGGCUCAGAUUGUGCCCUUUAAAGCCAAGCUGGAUGCCAUGAAAGCAGACUACGACUCUCUGCGACAGCAGUGGCUUCAAGAAACCCGAAGGGUGAAAGAGAAAGCUGCGAAGAAAGAGGAGGAGGUGGUGAAGGCUCAGAAAGUCGCGAAGAAGGCCCGAGAGAUCCACGAAGAAGAAAUAAAGACUCAAAAGGUAGCUAUGGAGGCAAUGGAGAUGCGUAGUGGCCAUGGAAGUACCAAUACGGCCAAGACCGCUUUCGCUAAGGGCAUGGGAAACGAUGAUGGCGAAAAGCCAGCUCCUCGUCGGCUACAAAGCUUCCUUCAAGGCGAGGGCGAUAUGGCAAGCAAUGUUCAUGAAUUUGCAGGUAGAGAUCGAUGGUACAAGCGAAAAGCACCACAUGCCAUGGAUGCAAAGGACGUUGAAAUGGACGCUAAGCUUCAGAAACUCGCAACGGACAGAGCUUUGAUUCGUGAAGUCAGGGGUAUCUACGAAGAUACUUACGGGACCAUUGACACGAAACAUCGCCAGCCUCACGUCCUUUCAAGUCCUCUGCCAGAACCAUCUGGUCAAUCCAUCGCUUCAUCUGGGAAUGCCGCUCUACAUGCUCAGCUUGCUUCGAGUGCCGCAAGCAUAAUAAAACCCGCACGAGGCCUAGACAAACUUCAAAUUUCAGAUGCGUUGAAGAUUAUUCAGAAGUUAUUUGGUCAGCUGCGUGAGGCUCAGUCUAAUAUCCAUGAAUACCGCUGUCAAACAAAGCAAGCUUUGGGUCCCAGCGACCAAAACACCAGUGUGUUCGAAACGCCCAGUGCGUUCGAGGAGAGCGUCACACAAAUUGUGAGGACUUCAGGACAACUAGCCCGAGUCGGAGCUGGCGGCACCAUCGGUCAGGGCUCCGUUGAAGCAAUCGCCGCGGCCGACUCGAAGGAACCCACGAUCAACCGUCCGCUUUCGAUGACAGCAACAAAGUCUACCAACCUUGAAAUUCGGGAAGCUAAAAAGCUGAACACUUAUUGCAUCCUCGCCUACGACUCAGCUACUCAAAAGGUCAAAUCUGCCGAGGCUACCAUGCUCGCACCGUUUUCAAAGGAGCAAUCGCUACUACCCCUGGACGCGCUUAAUCGUGUGAGUAAUCCCGGCAAGUUUCUUCCUCAUGUCAUGUCUCUUAGAGACAAAGGAUAUGAGCCUGUCUCCGGUACCAGCAACAUCCUUGUGUUCAAGAAAGAGGUUGCUCCACAAGAGUUAGCAGAGAUCAAGAAGGCGGAUCAGCAGAAAGUUAAAGAAGCCGAGAAGCAGGCUGUGGAGAAGAUUGAGAGGGAAGAGGAGCAAGCCCGUAAGACAGCAGUGGACGGUAUCAAAAACAAGGAGCAGCCCUUCGAGGAAGCCCAGAGGCAGCAGUCUACUUCAUCAGCAUCACCAAGCCACACGUCGAGUGACAAAGUGCGUAGGCAGGAGACAGUGUUCUCAGGAUCUCGGCCGGGGAGAUGGGUAGACCACAGCGUCAAGCCGAAGAAGAGCAAGCGAGCCGCAGUCCGACGUCGUAAGACUAUGAACCGUAUGUUCAUGGCCGGUGCCUUUACUGCAGCAUGCUGCUACUGCGUGGGUGUGGCAUCUGAGAUGAUGCAUAGCUGGUGA